GACAGAUUCCGAGAGAGAGAGAGUGAGAGAGAGAGAGUGAGAGAGAGAAUAGCGAAGGAGAAAAUAGAGAAAGAGGAGAUUUGUAUAUGGAAGAGGAUAUGGACGGCGGAGGAGGAGGCACGGCGAUGUACGGUGGACUUGAGACGGUGCAGUAUGUACGGACGCAUCAUCAGCAUCACUGCAGAGAAAACCAGUGUACCUCUGCUCUUGUCAAACACAUCAAGGCUCCUGUUCAUCUCGUUUGGUCACUCGUGAGGAGAUUUGAUCAGCCGCAGAAAUACAAACCAUUCGUGAGCAGAUGCACGGUGAUCGGUGAUCCUGAAAUCGGCAGUCUCAGAGAAGUGAAUGUCAAAUCUGGCCUUCCAGCGACAACAAGUACCGAGAGAUUAGAACUUCUCGACGAUGACGAACACAUACUCGGUAUCAAAAUCAUCGGUGGUGAUCACAGACUCAAGAAUUACUCUUCGAUCGUGACUGUUCACCCAGAGAUAAUAGAGGGAAGAGCAGGAACAAUGGUGAUUGAAUCGUUUGUAGUCGAUGUACCUGAAGGAAACACAAAGGAUGAGACUUGCUUCUUCGUCGAAGCACUCAUAAGAUGUAACCUCAAAUCGUUGGCAGAUGUUUCUGAAAGAUUGGCUUCUCAGGACAUCAUGAUCUGAACAUAAUCAUUCCAGCGUGUGAUAUAAUAUAUUCAUCACCAUGAAACUUUUUGUUGGUUUGGUCUGUAUGCAUAUAGAGACUUUCCAGGGUUACAUAUGUGUGUGUGUGUGUGGUAAUGAUCAUCAACUCCUUAGAAGAUGUAUUUUGCCAAUGGUGAAGUUUUGAUGUAAAAAAAGGUCUUCUGGUGGUUGUGUGACCUUUGAUAGAUUUGUAGAUAUUCUUGUUAAUGUUAAUGUAAAUGUGAAUGUUUUUAUAUACAAAGAUGUGGUAUUGAAAAUGUUUACAUAGAAA